AUGCUCAAAUUAUUUAAUUUUGUAAAAAUUAACAGAAAGUUUAAUAAUUUUAAAAUAGUAAGAUAUUAUUCAUCAAAUAAUAAUAAUAAUAUUGGGGGUAAUAAUAUAAGUAAUAUAAAUAAUAUAAAUAAUAUAAAUAAUAAUAACGAUGAAAUAAACGAAUUGAGAAAUAAAAUUAAAAGAUAUAAUGACUUGUAUUACAACAAAUCAAUAAGUGAAAUAUCUGACUAUGAAUACGACAAGCUAUUUAAAAAAUUGGAAUCAUUAGAAAAACAGAUCAAUAAUGACGAAGAUGGCAACGAUAAUGCAUCAUUAAUAACAAAUAAAGUAGGUGCUCCAGUUAGAAGCAAUGGCAACAACAACAAAUAUAGGCAUACAACUAGAAUGUUAUCACUACAAAACACAUACUCUCUUGAAGAUAUUCAAUCUUUUAAAAACAAAAUAGAAAAAUUUCUUUUAAAGAAAUUAAAACUGGAGAAUAACACAACCUCAAAUAGUGAUCUAAAUACUCUAUCAUCAUUUGGAAUCAACAACCUAGAAUACUCUAUGGAAUUGAAAUAUGAUGGUAUUGGUAUUAGCUUGGUGUACUCUGAUUCAAAACUAGUAAGAAUUCUUACAAGAGGUGAUGGAGAAAUUGGUGAAGAUAUCACAAGUAAUGCAUUACAAUUUAUACCGCAACUAAACAAACUAAUUAAUUUAAAACUACCAAAUCAAUAUUCUAAUUAUAAAGAGUUUGAAAUUAGAGGCGAAGUGGUAUUAAACAAAACAUAUUUAGAAACUAUAAAUAAAAUAAAAUCAGAUAAUAACGACACACACCAAUACAAAAAUACAAGAAAUAUAGUAUCGGGCAUAUUAAGAAAGAAUUUAAUCGAAAUAGACGACGAACAACACAAUGAAAACAAUGUAGAUGAUGACAAUAGUAGCAACAGCAGCAGCAACGUCAAAAAGAAUGAUAUCGAACAACUAUUACACAACAAUAUUAAAUUUGAUUUUUUUGCAUACAAUUUUAUUCCAUCAAAUAAAAAUCAAACUAUCAAUGGUGACACACAAUCAAGUAGAUUAGGGUUAUUAAAAUCAAUUGGUUUUCAAGUUGAUCCAGGUGCAGAUGUUAUAUCAUUACCAACACUAAAUAAUAAACAGCCACAUGAUAUAGGCCCAAUUCAACAAUAUAUCGAAAAAUGGAAUGAAAAUAGAUUCAAAUUUCAAUGGGAUAUUGAUGGUAUAGUUAUAAAAAUCAACAGUAUAGAUACUCAAACUAAACUUGGUGAUAUCAAUAGAUCACCUAGAUGGGCAUUUGCAUAUAAAUUUAACGCGAAAAGUGAAGUUUCCACCAUUUUAGAUAUAGUAUUACAAGUUGGUAGAACUGGUAAAGUUACACCAGUCGCACUAGUAGAUCCAGUUGUAAUUCAUGGCGUGACAAUAUCAAGAGCAACACUAAAUAAUUUAAAUUAUAUUCAAAAACUCCAACUCAACAAGGGCUCAAAAGUUUUAAUAGAACGUGCAGGCGAUGUUAUACCCAAAAUCAUUAGCAAAAUAAACGUACCAGAACAACAGCCACAAGAACAGCAACUGCAACCAGAAGAUGGCUAUUUAAAAAAUAUAUUUAAAUGUAAUUCAAAUGGUAAUUUAGUAUGUCCAUGUGCAAAUGAAUCUGAACUAAUUCAAAAACCGGGCUAUAUUGAUUAUUUUUGUGUUGAUAGCAAUUGUCCAGAUCAACAAUUUCAAGAAAUCUCUUGGUUUGUGGAUAAAAAAGCAAUGAACAUUAAAGGUAUUGGUAUAUCUCAAAUCAAAGAUCUUUUUGAACACAAUUUUAUAGAAGAUGCAGGUGACCUUUAUCUCUUAAAAAAAUACAAAUCUCAGCUACUAGAACUUAAAGGAUAUAACCAUGUUAAAGUUAAUAAUAUGCUUGAGGCAAUCGAAGAAAGUAAAUCAAGAGGAUUAUCAUCCUUACUAUGUGGCAUGGGUAUACCAGGUAUAGGCAGAGCAAAUUCAAAAAUACUUGCACAAAAAUUCCAGCACUUGGAUAAUCUCAUAAAUGCUCCAUCUAUACAAUCAAUUGAAAAUCAAUCAAAACUAGGCAGGCAAACUUCUGAAGCUAUUUAUAAUUAUUUUAACCCAAUUGAUCCAACAGAAAAAGAGUAUAUAAACUUUUUAAUUUAUAAAUUCAAAGAAAAUAAUUUAAAUUUAUCAUAUACAAAUAAUAAUAAUGAUAAUGAUAAUGAUAAUGAUAAUGAUAAUGAUAAUGAUAAUGAUAAUGAUAAUGAUAAUAAUAAUAAUAAUAAUAAUAUAGAAUCAAAGAACAUAAAUAUAGAUAAUCCGAUUUAUAAAAAAAAUAUUGUAAUUACUGGUAAAUUAAGUAUAGGUGAUAGAGAUUCCGUUAAAGAUAUUUUGGAAAGCAAAUAUAAUUGUAAAGUUCAAAGUACUAUCAAUUCAUUAACAGAUAUAUUAUUGAUAGGUGGAAAACCCGCAAAUGCCAAAAUUUCGAAAGCCCAUCCAUUUAAUUUUUAA